AUUUCAUUCCAAUGGACCGUUCACUGUCUGAAUAGAUAACGUUAGUCUUUAGCUAUAGCUAAUAAUGUGUAAAAACAUGAUGUGUUUCAAGUGAAAUAGCUUAUGCUGCUUGCUCUAUGGAAAUGAGACAUCAAAACCUUAUCAGUUGUUGGACGGCGUGGGGACCUCCCACUUCGCUCUUGAAGACGCCUAUUUCACACAAACUGUCUAGUUCAGUGUUGAACCUAACCGUACCAAGUUGGUUGUAGAUUUACUGUGCUGUUUUGCUCGUGUCGAUAUUGAAUCGCGGACACUCUAACUGGAUAUAUUUGAUACAUCUGGAAUCAAUCAGUCUACAAUCUAGGAAUAAAUCCAUAAUCCAGAGACCUGACGUGUUGUUUAAAGGAGUAGAGAUGAAAGAAGGCAAAGCUCCAUCUCCCCAUGCUCUUCUCCUUUCUCCUCACCCACACCAUAUGUCUCAACGCCCUUCCUAAUGUGUCUCCCUUUUGUCCCCUGCUGUCUGGGAAAUGGAACACUGAUCCAGCCAUCACAGCUUAUUUCCCUGAUAACAUCAUGCGUCCUACAGAGAUGAUAGGCCGAUGGAGCAUGUGAAGAUGUCCCUAAAGACGACGAAAACAUGGUGCCUUAGACUGCUCCCUGUGGUCCUCUUCUUCGUCUCCUACUACUGCUCCUAUGUCUUUCAGAGCUGCUAUGGAGGCACCAGCAAGACUCCUACUCCGAGCAAGGCCCUGUGUGGUGGCUGGCUGUCACAGAAGAAGUGGGAGAGCCUUAACUUUAACAUUAGCAGACAAACACAACUGUUUUUGAAACUGGAGGAUUUCUUCUGGCAAGAGCAUCUUUCAACAUUGACUUUACCCUAUGGUAUUAAGGGCAGUGAGCUGCUUCUGCUGAAAGUUUUAGCCGUUGUUGCCAACUACAAAAUGCCAGCCAACAUAGAAAAUCUUGAGUGCAGAACCUGCGUGGUAAUAGGAAACGGAUAUGCCAUCAAGAACAGUUCCCUGGGUGGCGUCAUCAACAAGUAUGAUGUGGUGAUCCGUCUGAACGAUGCGCCCGUUAAGGGCUAUGAAGACGACGUGGGCAACAAGACCACCAUGCGCCUCUUCUACCCUGAGUCAGCCUCCUACAACCCUGGGCUGCAUAAUGAGCCAGACACCCUCAUGGUCCUCAUCCCUUUCAAACAGCAGGACCUCCGCUGGCUCAAAGAGAUCCUCUACGACGAGAAGAGGGUGAGGAAAGGCUUCUGGAAGCCCCCUCCACAAAUCUGGCUGGGCAGUACCAGUCAUAUCCGGGUGCUGGACCCUCACUUCCUGCUAGAGACAUCAAACACCCUGCUCCAGAUCCCACUCAACCCCAAAAACAAACAGAAGCUAGUCCAUCCUACCACGGGGAUCAUUGCAGUGUUUGUGGCCCUUAACUACUGUGAUGUGGUUCACAUAGCAGGGUUUGGAUACCCUGUCGCUAAAAACCAGAAACAUCCAAUACAUUACUAUGGAUACGACACCAUGAAAUCCAUGAAGAAUUCCUAUCAUGACGUCAACAACGAAGCAGAAGCCUUAAGAAGACUCGAGGACUCGGGGGCGAUUGUGUACUUACACGCUCACUCAUGACUUAAAAGAUUACAAAUAAAAUAAUUGCAAAAAAGUUUUAUGAUUUUAAUUUACAUUUUUAAAUGCUAUUAUCAGAAUGAUACCACUGGAUAUUUUAUUGUACAGUAUGUAAUUACUUUUUAUAAAAAUGAAAUCAAUUAUAUCCAAGAUGACUUAUUCAAUUUCAUUUGACCUUUUAAUCAUGAUUUUCUCUCAUAAUUCAGUUGUGUUAUCCAUCCUUGGCCUGUAGAUGGCGGAGAAGGCCCAUUGGUGACAUGGCAAAGAUAAUCACAUUCCAAUCGUGAUGUGGGCAAAACUUGGGGCAAUUCCAACAAUAGCACUGGCACAAAGUCAACUGACAGUGCUAAAGACACGAAUAUCUGGAGCCCCAGAAGACAAUGAGAUGCCCCACAUUUAGAGUGACUGUAUUUCCCUGCUAGCGACAGAUGCUAAUUAUGGUUUUACUUCUCUUAAGAGAAGGGUUUGUGUUAUUAGUGUUGACAAAUUGAGUUCUGCCUGUGGCACUUCAUACACACGCUGCUAGUGACUGGCCACAGAGGUACUGCUGAGUCGACACUCAGCCUAAUCAGGACAGUGGGCAUUUAUUUUUCCUUAGAAGAUCAAAGAAUAGUAAGUGGUGUGCUCUCCAGUGUAACAAGGAAGACGAUGCAAAAAUGUCUGCUUGUAGAAUCCGAUGUGCAGCAUGGUCUUUCUGAGUCUUUUGAUGUUUUCUCUUUACGGAGGAGUUGAAUUUCUUCUCCAACCCCACGCAUAGAAGACAGGAAUACAUUUUAAACCCCAUUAAUUAUAAGGCCAAACCUGUAAAACCCCUGUGGCCAAGGUAUGCCUGUUUAACUUUAAAAUAGUCACUACUGAUGUCAUUUCAAAGCAAUGAAUUAAGGCUCUGUCUGCAUGAACUGGUAGUUUUCUCAUCACACUGAUAUCGUGUAAUUGUUAGGAACGAAGUGUUCUCUUCAUACCGUCUGUUAUUGAUGGAAUGGACAGUUGCAAGACUUAGUGCCGCCAUCUCUCCUUAUCU